AGAAUAUCUCUCUCUCAACAAUCUCUAGAUCUUCAAUUCAUCCAAAAAAAUGAGAAGAAACUGCAAUUUGGAACUCAGGCUAUUCACCCCUUCUGAUUCUUACGCUUCUCAACAAGAAGAGAACGACGUCGUUGAACAAAUUUCCAUGUCUUUGGAUGGGAUAAGAUCCAGAAUUGGUAAUGAAAGGCAGCAGAUGACAAUAUUCUACGACAACGAAGUUGUGGCUUGCGAUGUUACAGAGCUUCAGGCUAGAGCCAUAAUAAUGAUUGCUAGUGAAGAAAGAUGGAAAACGACAGUUUCGGAGCCAUCUUCACCAUUAAUGCAACCCCAACUGUGCAGGCCCCCAGCCCUUACUACCGAUAAUGGCCUUUCAAUGAAGAAAUCACUGCAAAGAUUCCUUCACAAGAGAAAAAACAGGGUGCAAUCAACUCCUUAUCAUCGCUAGCUCAUACAUUAUUUAAUUCAUUUGCCCCACUUAAAUUAAUCAGAGAGCAUGCAAUAUAAUGCCUUGUUUAUGUUUGUAUGUACUCUUUAUAUGUAUACAUAUGUGUAUUUUUAUAUAUACAUCGUUCAAGAUCUUCAAUUGAUUUCUUGUAUUCACAAAAAAGUUCAGAAAACUAAUUUAAGAACUAAGAUUGAGCAGUGAGGAUCCAGGAAAAACGCUCAUUGGGGCAAAGCAGUACUGCUAAUAAUUAUGAUUAUGAACAUAUAUGGCACAACUCUGAUUGAUUUGG